UCGUGCGCGCGCUCGCAAUCUCCGCCACCCACCAGCUCAGGCACCAGCAGCAGCGCCGCCGCCGCCGCCGCCCACCUUCUGCCGCCGCCACCACAGCCACUUUCUCCUCUGCCUCCCUCUACUGUCCUCGCCCUCUGUCGACUAUCAGGUGGGCCUUGAACCAGGAUGGCUGAGCCCCGCCAGGAGUUCGACGUGAUGGAAGAUCAUGCUCAGGGGGACUACCCCCUGCAAGACCACGAGGGUGACAUGGAGCCCGGCCUGAAAGAGUCUCCCCUGCAGACCCCGGCCGAUGAUGGAUCUGAGGAACCAGGCUCUGAAACCUCUGAUGCUAAGAGCACUCCGACGGCGGAAGACGCGACAGCACCCUUAGUGGAUGAGGGAGCCCCCGGCGAGCAGGCGGCCGCUCAGGCCCCCACAGAGAUCCCAGAAGGAACCACAGCUGAAGAAGCAGGCAUUGGCGACACGUCCAACCUGGAAGACCAAGCUGCUGGACAUGUGACCCAAGAGGAGAGGAGAGUUCCGGGUCAGCAGAGGGAAGCAUCUGAGAGGCUUCUGGCCCAUGGGCUUAGCUCUCAGGUCCAGCUUGCACAUGGCCAAGAAGCUUCUGGGGUCUCCGAGCUGCCUCUUGGGGAGAAAGAGCCCGAAGCUCCCAUCCUGGAGACCUCUCGCCCUUCCCAGCAUCACCCCAUCUGCCAAGCACCUCCUCCACCAGGAGGCCCUCAGGAACCCCACUGGGAGUGGGGACUAAAACCAGGGCAGCGGGCUGAGGAGGGCCUGGCCUUUCCAAAGCCCCCCUCCCCUGGACAUCAGCAGACAGAGCCUGGGAGUUCCAAGGUUGUCCAGGAAAGCUUCCUCGGGGAGCUGGGCCACCAUGGAGGUGAGGCUGUGGAGCCGGGGACCUCAGGGCUGACCCGCCAGCACGCAUAUGACAUGCUUGGGGCCCCCAUUCUGCUCGCGGGCUCCAGAGAGGCCACACGCCAGUCUUCAGGGACAGAACCUAAGGUUGCAGAGGGCAGCCGCCACGGCUCCGAGCCGCCAGAGUGCCAGCUUUGGGGAGGCCUGCCCCAGGAGGGGCUGCCUCUGAAGAGGGCACAGAGCAAAGAGAGGCAGGGAGGUAAGGAGGUGGAUGAAGACCGGGACAUUGAUGAGUCCUCGCCCCAGGACUCCCUGCCCUCCCAGAUCUCCCCGACCCGAGGCGGGCCAGCCCCGCAGGCAGUUUCUGGAGAAGCUCCUGGAACCCCAGGGUCCCCAGCCGGGGGUGCCAUCCCGCUUCCUGUCGAUUUCCUCUCUAAAGUGUCUGCAGAGACCCGGGUCCCAGAGCCCGACGGGCCCUGCGAGGGGCCCCCAGGAGAAGGGCGUGACGGGUCCCCCGAGUUCACAUUCCACGUGGAAAUCACAGCCAACCUGCAGAAGGAGCAGGGACCCCCCUCGGAGGUGGAUUUGGAAGGGACUGCACUUCCCGGGGCCCCUGGAGAGGAGCAAGAGCCCCGGAGCCCCUCUGAGGGCGAGGACGCAAAAAAGACUGAUCUUCCAGAACCUUCUGGAAAGCAGCCUGCAGCUGGUCUGCCAGGGAAGCCCGUCAGCCGGGUGCCUCAACUCAAAGCUCGCAUGGUCAGUAAAGGCAAAGAUGGGACUGGACCUGAUGACAAAAAAGCCAAGCCAUCCACACCUUCUUCCGCUAAAACCCUGAAAAAUAGGCCUUGCCUUAGCCCCAAACGCCCCACUCCUGGUAGCUCAGACCCUUUGAUCAAACCCUCCAGCCCUGCCGUGUGCCCAGAGCCAUCUUCCUCUCCUAAAUACGUCUCUUCUGUCACACCCCGAACUGGCAGUUCUGGAGCAAAGGAGAUGAGAGUCAAGGGGGCGGAUGGUAAGCCUGGAACGAAGAUCGCCACACCCCGGGGAGCGGCCCCUCCGGGCCAGAAAGGCCAGGCCAACGCCACCCGGAUUCCAGCAAAAACCACUCCCACCCCAAAGACCUCGCCAGGCACUGCGACCGUGCAAGUGCAGAAAAAACCACCCCCUGCAGGGGCAAAAUCUGAGAGAGGUGAAUCUGGGAAAUCCGGGGACCGCAGCGGCUACAGCAGCCCCGGCUCCCCAGGCACUCCGGGCAGCCGCUCCCGCACUCCCUCCCUGCCGACCCCGCCCACCCGGGAGCCCAAGAAGGUGGCGGUGGUCCGCACUCCCCCCAAGUCGCCGUCUGCAGCCAAGAGCCGCCUGCAGGCCGCCCCCGGGCCCAUGCCAGACCUGAAGAACGUCAAGUCCAAAAUCGGCUCCACGGAAAACCUGAAGCACCAGCCAGGAGGCGGCAAGGUGCAGAUAAUUAAUAAGAAGCUGGAUCUUAGCAACGUCCAGUCCAAGUGUGGCUCAAAGGAUAAUAUCAAACACGUGCCAGGAGGCGGCAGUGUGCAAAUAGUCUACAAACCAGUGGAUCUGAGUAAGGUGACCUCCAAGUGUGGCUCAUUAGGCAACAUCCAUCAUAAGCCAGGAGGUGGCCAAGUGGAAGUAAAAUCUGAAAAGCUGGACUUCAAGGAUAGAGUCCAGUCGAAGAUUGGGUCCCUGGAUAACAUCACACACGUCCCUGGCGGAGGGAAUAAAAAGAUCGAAACCCACAAGCUGACCUUCCGCGAGAACGCCAAAGCCAAGACCGACCACGGGGCGGAGAUCGUGUACAAGUCACCCGUGGUGUCGGGGGACACGUCCCCCCGGCACCUCAGCAACGUGUCCUCCACCGGCAGCAUCGACAUGGUGGACUCGCCGCAGCUCGCCACCCUCGCUGACGAGGUGUCCGCCUCCCUGGCCAAGCAGGGUUUGUGAUCAGGCCCCGGGGCGGUCAAUAAUCGUGGAGAGAAGAGAGUGGGAGAGUGUGGGAAAAAAAAGAAUAAUGCUCUGGCCCUUCGCCCUCUGCCCUCCCCCAGCUGCUCCUCACAGAUCGGUUCAUCGGUUAAUCACUAACCUGCUUGUCGCUCAGCUCUGGCUCGGGGCUUCCAAAUCAGUGACCGGAACAGAGCCAAGUUCAGCUUUCCAAAUUGAUGGGUGGGCCAGUCCUAAUAAAGUAUUUUUAAAAACACUCCAAAAGAGGGUCCCACCCAGAAUUUCCUUGGGCAGUUACUUUGAUUCUUUUUUUUUUCCCUCUGAGUGGAAGAGGGAGAAGGGAGGC